UACUGACUUCCACUCACAGCUGUCUCUACAGCGUAGUAUUUAUUUAUUUACGACUUUCUCAUGAUUCUACUGAUAUCUUCCCCAAUCAUCCGGCUGUUUAUGCAUUUUAUCCUGGAUGUCUGACACUGAUUAAUGAUAACACACACUUAUAUUUGCUUGUCGCUUUUAUUUGUUUUACUUUCUAUAUCCUUUCCUUUUUAAAUCACCAGCUUUUCAGUGAGAAUGAAUAAAAGCCCUGAGCUCGACCGAUCACUUUUAACGCGGUUAACUGAUGUUUUAUUGGUGUUUUCUGUCUCCCUAGCAAACCUAACCUAAAGAGGACGUAACGUGACAGAGAAGCAACAUCGCCGGGUUUAUCUCACUUUCUGGACAUUUUAUUUUUUUUCCUCCAUCGACGUGUAAACUGGAUACAUAGAACCCCUGACUGAGGAUUGAUCUGCGAUUUCUCCUUUGCUGUUCGCGUGUCAGUCGUCGGCCAGACUCGGUUGCGGGUCCCAGACGCCUCGAUGGACGCAGGCAGCUGGAGCGGCAGUGAGAGCGGAGGGGAGGAUGUGGACAGGAUGAGCGACACGAACGAAAAGCCCACCGACAACGACGCCGAGGGCGUGUGGAGCCCCGACAUUGAGCAGAGCUUCCAGGAGGCGCUGGCCAUCUACCCGCCCUGCGGCCGCCGCAAGAUCAUCCUCUCGGACGAAGGCAAGAUGUACGGUCGGAAUGAACUGAUAGCCAGGUACAUCAAACUGAGGACCGGGAAGACACGGACGAGGAAACAGGUUUCCAGUCACAUUCAGGUUCUGGCUCGACGGAAAUCCAGAGAGCUUCACACUAAACUUAAGGAUCAAAGUGUGAAGGACAAAGCGCUCCAGAGCAUGGCAGCCAUGUCGUCUGCUCAGAUCGUGUCAGCCACGGCCAUUCAGAGCAAGCUGGGUCUGGCAGGCCUCCCUCAGCCCAACUUCACUGCAGCGCCGGGGUUUUGGCAGCUGCCGACGGGCCAUCCUGGAUCCUCACAAGACAUUAAGCCGUUCUCGCAGCAGGCCUACCCCAUUCAGGCUGCCACAGCUUUAUCAGGUUACGAGCCUCCGAGAGCUCCUGCGGCCACUCCGCCGGCGUGGCAGGGACGCUCCAUCGGCACGAGCAAACUGAGACUCACCGAGUUCUCCUCGUUCCUGGAACAGGAGAGAGACCCAGAGUCUUACAACAAACACCUUUUUGUACACAUCGGCCAGACGAGCUACUCGUACAGCGACCCGCUGCUGGAAUCGGUGGACAUCCGCCAGAUUUACGAUAAGUUUCCCGAGAAGAAAGGAGGACUGAAGGAGCUUUUUGGGAAAGGACCACAGAAUGCCUUCUUCUUAGUCAAGUUCUGGGCGGAUCUGAACUGUAACGUCCAGGAGGAUUCGGGUUCGUUCUACGGCGUGACCAGUCAGUACGAGAGUCCAGAUAACAUGACCAUCACCUGCUCUACUAAAGUGUGUUCGUUCGGGAAGCAGGUGGUAGAGAAAGUGGAGACGGAGUACGCGCGCUUCGAGAAUGGCCGGUUCGUGUACAAAAUAAACCGCUCGCCCAUGUGCGAAUACAUGAUCAACUUCAUCCACAAGCUCAAGCACCUGCCUGAGAAGUACAUGAUGAACAGCGUGUUAGAGAACUUCACCAUCCUACUGGUGGUGUCGAACAGAGAAACUCAGGAGACGCUGCUGUGCAUGGCGUGUGUGUUCGAGGUGUCCAACAGCGAGCACGGAGCUCAGCAUCACAUCUACAGACUGGUCAAAGAAUGAGACGCGAUGAUCACUUCUCUUUGUCCCUCUUUCUUUUCUCUUACACACACACACACACACACACUAAAGACACUGAGCUGCUGCCCUGCUGGUCAGAGAGAGCCCGAGCGCAUCACUUCCUGUGUCCUCAUGGACCCGAUGUCCUGAGCGGCUCAGAGACUCUUUCCACUCGGUGAUGAUCUCGUAACUCUGAAGCGGCUGAGCCUCUGUGCGUUACAAACCCUCCGCUUCACUCGGGCACAGCUGGACGCUGCCUCUAAUGACUCCAAUCGGGUUUUUUUUUGUUUUUUUUUCUUAAAUGUUCUGUAUUUUCUCGAUCUGCACGGGUGCAGGGAGUGACAAUGAAACGGAGGUACGUUUUGUUACUUUUUCAUCGAAUACCGAUAUCCUUUUUUAAUGUAACUGAAGAAUAUUGUGUACAAAAAAAUAUUUUUAGUACAAAACAAAUUUUACUCCUUAUUCUUAAAGGACAGUGUCUCAUUUAGUUUUCCUUAAAUGAAUCGUAGUCCUGUUUAGUCUGAAGUUAACACUGAAGAGAUCUGGAUGUGGAAAAUGGAUUUUGUAUUUUCCGACGUCCAACACACACUUUAAUCCAACGAAGGUCGGCUUUUUUUUUAACGAUUAUUAACUAUUUAGGAAUAUAAGCCUGCUAAGUCCCUUUUAUUUUUCAUUUUUUUAAAUGUUUUUUUCACUUGAAUAACAACAAAGUUGUUUUAUAGAUGAGCCAAAAAUCCACGUAAGCGUUUAAUGUCGAGUCGGGUCUGAUGGCCACGUGCUUUAAAGAGUGUGAUUUUUAUUCUUUGUAAUAUUUGAUGGUUUUUUUUUUUUUCAAAUUCUGUUAGCUGUCAUUAAUAAAAAAUAUCUGAUCAGAGGAGAAACUCUGGUCUCUGUGACGCCCCUACAUCUGUAACAUGAAGAAAACACUUAUUAAAAAAAAAACAAAACAGUUAAUAUGGACUAAACUGUC